UUCUGGCUGCAGAUGAAGUUUUCAGUCACACUGCACGGCGGGACUUUCAGGAAUUCAUAUUAACCGUCAAGCCUUAAUCGCCAGACUGACAUGUUGCGAUGUUCCGCUCAGCCUUACAAAACGUGGACUUGUUUUGGGUAAUUUUAUUGUGUUUUAUUUUUCUACCCGAGGCUGGCUGUAGAUCUACCGAUGCAGACAGCUGUCAUGAGGUGAAGACAGCUUACAUGAUGCGCCAAAUAGGCCCGGUGGAACUGGUGCCAGAAAGACCGGGAACAGGUGAGUCUCUUCGAGUGUGUGACCACCCUGGUCCCAGCUGCUGCACCAGCAAAAUGGAGGACAGCUACAUUGCAGCUGUUCGUAGUGAGACACAUCAGAAGAUGCGAUCCUACAGUUUUGAACUCAAAUACCUGAUUGCUGGACACACCAAGGCUUAUCAAGACACCUUUGAGUCGCUUGUGUCCUUCACAUCUAAUCUAACCAGCACUCUGUUUGAUAGUGCCUACGCCACUCUUGCAUCGGACUGCCGCCACCUUGUGAUUCAGCUGUUCAGCAACAUCAAACGCCACCUUUCUGGAGACCCUAAUUCCUCUCUGGACAUUGCUGUGCGUCAAUUUUACAAUGAUCUCUUUCCACUGGUCUACCGCCGUGUGCUCAACCCUGGGAUCGGCCACAUGUCAACUCUGCCCCAUUCUGCUUUUUCCACAAAUCAUGAUGACUGUCUGCGGAUGACGCAGCAGGAUGUCAGCCCGUUUGGACUCCAUCCUCGCCUCCUUGUCAGCAGCCUGUCCCGUGCACUCGGGCCUGGCCGAGCGCUGAGUCGGCUGCUGACACUGGCUGGAGAGGUUGUGAACGCAACAGAGAAGGCCACGUUAUCCAGAGAAUGUGGGCGGGGCUUAGUGAAGAUGCAGUACUGUUCACACUGCAGAGGACUGACACUGAUACGGCCCUGUACUGGAUUGUGUGUAAACAUAAUGAGAGGAUGCUUGGUGGGUGUGUCUGAGCUAGGUGCCCCUUGGGGAAGAAUGGUGGUAUUGCUCCAACGGUUAGCUGCUACUUUAUCAACCAGUAGCAACCACAACAGUAUGGAGUUGGCUCUGUUAGCGGUCCGAAACCAUGUGAAUGACGCCAUAUUGCAUGCACAACUGCAUGGGCCACGCAUCACAGCCACAGUAGAGAAAGUCUGUGGACCACAGGCACCUGGUCCCAUGAUUACCAGUGCUAGGUUAUUCCACUCACAAACGACAACUCUUGCAACUCCAUUAAAGAGAUCUUCUGUGACUUCACCUCCCUCACUCCGUCGGCCUUUGCAAUUACAGUCCCAAAAGUCAUUCCCUCUUAAAGGCUCAAAAGGAGACAAAAGUCGAAGCCUGAAGAAGUUGUCCAGGGAGUUUGAGGGCUCAAUCCAGCGGUACCAGUGGUUUUUCUCUGAGCUACCAGAGAUGCUUUGUGAAAGUGAGAUGGAGGUUGAGCAGCACACAUGCUGGAGUGGCCAAGAUGUUGUAGAGAGUUAUGCAGGUCGUGUUGUUGGCAGCACUUUAAAAGCGCAGAAGGAAAACCCAGAGAUGACUGUCCGUAAUACAGAUCCUUUCCUGAAGGGGGCGAAGCAGAAGCUGGAGCAGCUAACACAGGAGCUGUUAGUGGAGCUCGGCUGGGCGAGCAAAGCGAUACGAAGGGAGGAGGAAGAGGAUGGAGGGAGUGCACAGACAGAUGGAGGCAGUGGAGGCGACUGUGAUGAUGAAGAUGGCUGUGAAGCAUCUGGUGAGGAAAGCGGUGAUGAGACAUCCAGCGGUCGUAGUCCAGGAACAAAGGACAUGACUCCUAUUCUUCAUCACCCAGUCCCUCCUCACGAACACCCACCUCCACAGGUGGCAGUUCACGGCUCAGCCCACAUGGUGACUCUUGAACCGCUGACCCUAGCAAUUCUUCUGCUCCUUUUGCUGUCUCCAUGGGAACCACGCUGAAUAUGAGGACACCGAACUGCAGAUGGACAGAUACAGAAAAGGUUGAAAGACAGCCAUGUGUUGUCUGUUGCUGGGUGAUGUUGAUAAUUGGAGUUAAUGAAGCACAACUUGGGUGCUCUCAUUGGUUUUGCUUUGGGUGGUCUACCUGGUGGGACAAGCUCCUGAUUUACCACAGCUGCUGUUGCACAGUAUACAUUUUUGUAUUACUUGUACUGACAUCUACAUGUGUUCAUUUGUAUUAAACUUGGUUAGGACAGACUGCACAAUACUACUGACUUUUUUGAAGAGAGGUGUAAAUACAAAUAUAUAUUUUAUAUUUAUAUGAUGAAUUUCAGCAGAUAACAAAGGCUUGAUGUGCAAAUAGAUGUUAAUAUAGAACAACAUUGAAAAGUCAACAAACAUUUAGUUUGGUUUGCCUUCUCUCCACAGUUAGACCUUAAUGUAGACACAACAGAAUAGUAAAGGUACACUUGCAGUCAUUUAUUUAUGGGAAAGAAACAGGAUUGAAGGGGAUGCUGAGACACUUUUAUAAAAUGUGAAACAACCAGUUAUCUCAUAUUAUUACUGGGAAGUCUGAGCAGAUUUGUCUCACCUUGCAUAACCUACCUCCAUAGGAACACAAAGUUGCAUGAGAAUGCUGUAAUUACUUACAUUUUUUAUAUUGCCUAGUAGAAAAACUUGGAAAUUUUUAUUUUAUUUUUUUUUUUACUUUUUAAAACAGUCACAGAUGUUAAUUGGUCAGGUUAAGUCCAGAAUGCAUUGACUGAGCCCUUACAAGCACGAGUCAUUAAAACUUGUUGAGUGAGUACACUUCUUAUUGAGUGAUAGUUGCUUCCUGCAACGGAAUAGGUUUACACUCUGGUAAGUCAAAUUAGUGCAGAGCUGUAACCCUUUCACCCUGUUUUCUUCCCACACAUAAACAUCCUCUUUAGGUACUGGAAACUGUAGUUUCUGUCUCUUCAGCAAGUAUAUAGAUUUUAAGCUAACAGCCACUUAAAAACUGAAUUCAUCCAGAUGUGUCUUUGCAGUAGCUGAGUUCUCUCCCAGGAAAGUGUAUCAUUGGGUCAUUUGUCAUAUCUAUUUCUGCAAUAUAAUAUAUAGUCUUGGUUCUUAUGAUUAUAAUUUAUUAAAUCUACUUUUCCAAUCCACAUGACUGACGUUACAGUCUCAGAAAGGGGAAUGUCUGUCUUCAUUUCAGCUUUAACUGCACUCCUUCAGCCUUAGGCUUUGUUUAAAAUAAUGUCCUAAAGAAAUUUAAACAAAAAGCACUGUAUACAGGAAAAGAGAACUAAACAAACUUCUGUCCAAAGAAAGGAUAGUUUCACUCCCAUCUCAAUGUUGAGACAUAUUAUGUGUUUUCAAAGGCUGGCUAGUCUCCAAGUGUGGAUGCCCCAAUGUCCCCCAAGUCUGAUGUGUGUGUUAUUAGCAUGUCACAGGUGAAGACAAGUGAGUGAUCAAGCACAGCUGAUUUAAAAAUGUGACUUGUAAAUGUAAUUCAUGUUAUUAUGAUUUAUUCAUUCUAACUCUCUGUUGAGUCUCAACCCCCCAAAACACACACAGCAGUGGGUUCAUAACAACUGGAAUACUAAUGAAAUGCAUUCAAAAGGGUGCAAAUGAAGCAACUGAAGGGAUCCAUGUGCAAAUCUGUAAGGGGGUGCACAGCUUUCUUCUCAUAUCUAUCACACUGUGAUGCAUAUAUUAACUUUCUCAGCUAUAUAUACGACCUUUCUAUUAGUUUCAUUAGAUUGUAGAUUGUAACUUCUACUUUUGCUUCACUUGACCCUUUUUUUCUUUGUGUGAUUGUGACUGACAGAUGAGGUAACUUAUGUAAUAACAUUAACAGUGUGGUCUCUUUAGGGUUGGCCACUGACAUGUUUUGAAGAGUGUUAAGUGUAAAAAUAUAUAUUUUCAUACAUUUUAUAGGCUCAUCAUUUUUGUAUGAUAAGACUUAUGAGCAUUUGCAGCUCUCAAAGUUGUCUGGAAAGUAAUAUUUUUUACAAAUGGUAAUGUCCGUGGUUUCUAACAUUAAACAAAGUUUAGAAAACUUUGAAGGGACAGAUGUGUUAUUCUUUUAACAAUGUAUUUGCACAUACUGUAGGUUUGAGUAGUGUCUCAUUUGAGGUUGGUAAACACCACAGAAGUUGCUUCCUGUAUACAGCUACUGCUUCUUAGCCAGUUUUUAUCAGUAUGUGGUGAAGGUGCUGGUGUGCUGGGAGGAAGCUGUACUGUGUCAUUGUUAAAAAAAAUAUGCUUUUUCUAAGUUUAACAGCUCUACUAGUACAGUAACCCUAAUUUUUAAUUGUUAUGUAGCAGUUUGCGAGGUUUCAGCAUGCAACAAGCACCAUGUUAGCUGCAGCUGUGGUUUCUCUUGUCAAACCCAAAAAACUAUUAUGUUAAAGUAAACUAAACCAAUGACCCUUAAUACAGUGUGUCCUGCUACAUUGUGUCAUUAAUCAGUGUGAUAUCCCUGAUAAUAAAUGAUUUUCAAAUACA